CGUCUUUGUCUGGAAACACCCAGUCUAUGCUUGGGGUAACACCAAGAACAGGAACCUUUGGAGCACCAGGAUUCAGCACAUCAACAGCUGCUCUGGGCUUUGGAACCCCUCAGCCUGCUGUAGCACUGCCAGACCCAAAUGUCUCAGCUGCCCAGCAAGCCCUCCUUCAGCAAUAUCUUUUUACCUUGAUUUACUCACCUUAUGGAGAUUUGCCACUCUUCAGGAGCCCCAUGCCAGGCCCAAAGAAGGAAGAGAGGCUGGUAACAGCUAACCCAGCAGCUGAGAAGGCCUUAAAGACAUGCACUACCUACAAGCUGAAUCCACGUCCGGAGCCCAAAGUGAGGCCAAAAGCUUUGCCAUCAUCUGCCUUUGCUAAGUCUUUCUCUGAUGGUCUUGAUGAUGAUGAUGAGCCAUCCCUAGCCAGUGGUUCAUUCAUGCCAAGGAAGAGCAUCAAAAGACUGAUUUUGAAGAAUCUCAAGAGCAGGAGUCUGUUCUCACCUGAGAACCAUGAGAAUGAAGAUGUGGCUUCUCCUUCAGAGUGUCCAGAGAAGGGAAAUGGCCACAGACAAGAUGAUGAGCAAGUGGAGGAAAAGGAGGAAGAUCAUCACGAAGUGACUGAGCUUUACACUAACCCCAUUGUCAAGCCCACCCCACAGACCCCACAGAGCACAGUGCAGGAUGCCUUUGUGUCUCUGAGUGCAGGGCUGGAAGGCUGCAGUGUAGAGGCCCCAUUUCCUGAUGACCACUUUCAGGAGGAGUGCAGAGAGCAGCCUGAUCUUGUGCGUCGUCAGCAUCCUGCAGGGAUUGUUCUAACAAGAAGUGGCUAUUACACCAUCCCCUCCUUGGAGGACCUUGCUGAACUGACCAGUGACAGCAAUGAAUGUGUUGUGACCAACUUCACCAUAGGCCGCAGAGGUUAUGGAUCAAUUUACUUUGAAGGAGAAGUCAACCUGACUAACUUAAAUCUGGAUGACAUUGUGCAUAUCCGCAGGAAGGAGGUGGUUGUUUACCCCGACGAUGAAAGAAAGCCACCUGUUGGGGAAGGAUUAAACAGACGAGCAGAGGUUACCUUAGAUGGAGUCUGGCCUACAGAUAAAACAUCUCGUUGUCUGAUAAAGAGCCCUGAGCGACUGGAGCAGAUAAAAUAUGCAGGCAGGUUGGAGUCCUCCUGUCGGCGGCAGGGAGCUGAGUUCGUGGAAUACCGCCCAGAGACUGGAUCCUGGGUGUUUAAGGUGCCACACUUUUCCAAGUAUGGCUUGCAAGAUUUGGAUGAAGAAGAACAUCCUUUGUAAGCAGACACAAGGAAGGCAUCCUGGCACUGCUGGGAGAGAAUACACUCUUAAAGCCAGGUGUUAGUGGUGAACAUGUAUGAAUUUUUUGAAGAAACAAGUCAUAAAGCAGAAAGCUUUUUACCAAAACUGGGUUCUUGACUGCCUUGUUCCUGAAAAUAAAUGUUCAGCUCUUGAGGUGUGCUGGAAGGAUGAGCAGGGGGAGUUAGAUGGUUGAGAUGGGUAGGACAUACUGAGAAUCUUUUGGUGUUGUACAUAAGCAGGCUUUCAGUUUCAGCCUUAGGUGAUCUGUGACUGCAGGGAGAGGCUGUCACGACCCAGGAGGUGGAGAUCAUAUCCAUGUCCUUCUCGUACCAGUAGAUAACCCAAGGAGCAGUGGUGUUGCUUUACAGCUGUUUGUGUUACUUCAGUUCUAAUGCCCAAUGACUUGAUGAUUAUUUGAAUGGCAUUAAUAAAUUUCUGGACUUCACAA